AUAAACAGUUUAUUACACAUCUUUAAAAGGCUGUGCUGAGUGGCAGGAGUGCGGAACUUGCUGGACUUUAAGAGGACUCCUCUCCUUUGUCUAAAGGAAUCUUCCUUCCCAAAAACGUACGCUGGUGGAUCCGAGAAUGCAAUUGGCGGUUGUAGUUUUCAUAUUGGCUUUGUCAUUGGUCGCUAUGGCUCUUGAUAACGGCCUGAUGAGAACACCUCCCAUGGGCUGGCUGGCAUGGGAACGGUUUCGCUGUAACAUCGACUGUGAUCAUGACCCCCAAAACUGCAUCAGUGAGAAUUUGUUCACUGACAUGGCAGACAGGCUAGCAGAAGAUGGUUGGAGGGAGCUAGGCUACGUCUAUGUCAAUAUUGAUGACUGCUGGGCUUCCAUGGAGAGAGACAAGCAGGGACGGUUGCAGGCUGACCCUAAAAGGUUUCCAGGAGGCAUCCACAGACUGGCACGCUAUAUGCAUGACCGUGGUCUAAAGCUGGGUAUCUACGGGGACAUGGGUACCCACACCUGCGGGGGCUACCCUGGGACCACACUGGACAAUAUUGAGCUAGACGCCCAGACCUUCGCAGACUGGGAGGUGGAUAUGUUCAAGUUUGAUGGCUGUUAUUCUAAUUCUACAGAACAAGCGCAAGGCUACCCUCGUAUGUCAAAGGCCCUAAAUGCCACUGGCCGGCCCAUUGGCUACUCUUGCAGUUGGCCUGCCUACCAGGGAGGACUACCGCCAAAGGUAAACUACACCCAGCUUGCAGAGAUCUGUAACCUUUGGCGUAAUUACGGGGACAUCGAUGACUCCUGGGACAGUAUCCUGAGUAUUUCUGAUUGGUUCUUUAACAAUCAGGAUGUCCUGGCACCUGUAGCAGGACCUGGAAGAUGGAAUGAUCCAGAUAUGCUGGUUAUUGGGAACUUUGGGCUGAGCAUUGACCAGUCUCGUGCCCAGAUGGCUCUGUGGGCUAUCAUGGCCGCUCCUCUCUUCAUGUCCAAUGACCUGCGCACAAUCAGCAGCGGGGCACGUGCCAUCCUGCAGAAUAAAAUGAUUAUCAGCAUCAACCAGGACCCCAUGGGUGUUCAGGGAAGGCGCAUUAUCAAGGAGAAGAGUCGUAUUGAGGUAUUCUGGCGCCCCCUGUUGGACGACACAAGCGCUUUGGUAUUCUUCAGCCGUCGCACUGACAUGCCCUACCGCUACCAGACUUCCCUCAGCAAACUCAACUACACUACCGGCAGCUACAAGGUCUAUGACGUAUACACUGGAAAGGCCGCCGAGCUCAAAGACACCACUGAAUUUGUUGUGUCCGUCAACCCCACGGGUGUGGUCAUGUGGUACAUCUCCGCCCCCACCGAACUCAACAGCCAUCACUUCUUCGCUGGUGGUAAGCUCCGCGGCUCGGCUUCCUAUCACCAUGAGAACGCCAUUCCCCUCAGCUUCCUGUAAUGGCCAGCUGACCAGACUGCACCAGAUAAUGAAAUCACCAUUUUCUGCCUCAACAUACCGAACCCCAGCAGUCAGGAUAUCAGCUGUUUACCACACGUUCACAAUCAGGUAUUUGAUGACAAAGAAGAGGAAUGAUGGACUUUCUUCUUUUUUUUCCCCAAAAAGUGUAAAGUUAGAAUUUUUUUUCUUUUCUUUUUUUUUGCAGAAAUUUAAAAAAAAGUAUGUGAAGUGAUUUUUACUGGGACUUGGUAAUGAUAUCUAGGUGUGCUCCACAGUCUAAUUCAAAAUGCUGACGUCAAAAUGAACUCAGGGAUGGUUAGUUUCUGGAUAUAUUUCACGAAGAAGAAAGUUCUCUCUCUCUAGCACAGAUUCUUGUUUUAAAUCCUAUACUUGUAUCUUAAUACACUCUGGACUAGGUCCAAAGAAAAGAGCACUUUACUGUCACCUUGAUAAGAAAGGCAAUGAUUCGAUCAUCGAGUUGAGUUUAUCAUCUCAGUUGCACGGCCGUCGAAACCUGGUAACUGAGCAACACCUCUUAACUUUCAGAUAUUUCCUUUGUAAGGACUGUGGUUGAUUUCUGUAAAGGACUGGGCUAGAUGGCGUAAAUUGAAGACUGCAGCCUCACAUGGCUGACAUGCAGUCAGACCUCAGUUCAGGCCCCUGCCUCAUUACUUUUUAUCUGAAUGAUGUUAAUGUCCCAAUUUCAAUAGGGUUUUACUGGGGAGUAUUUCAGUGCCUCGAGAUCUGGAAUUUGUCCCGCUUUUAGGAACACCUAGUUUGUUUUCAAUCAGCUGGAGUGUUUAAGAAAUCAUUGACUUUUUUUUUUUUAAAGGUUUUUCUAUGAAAUUGUGUUGAUUUUUACUUCUUGUCAAAUUAAAGAAAAAGUUUCAC